AUGAGCCGGUUCGCAUCGCGCACGGCGUUUGAUUUGCUGGCCGUCGACGACGGCAACGACGGCCAGUCGUCCGAAGAGGAGCUCGCGCCCGAGCCCGAAACCGCGCCUUCCGCCCCUGCCGAAACUGUGAAGCCGACCAAGACUGCGCAGCGUAAAGCUGCCAGAGCCGCCCGUCUGGCCAAAAAACUCGAGCGCGCAAAUUCUGGGUCGAGCGCGGCGCCCAGCGCGAGCGCGUCGCCGCUGCCGCCAGCUCCUAUCGAACUCCCCUCUGUUCCCGAGCCUCCACUUGUACCGGCCGCGAAAGAGGCAAUUCCUGCUGCGCUAGAUGUCACUCCAGCUACCGUUCCAUACACUAAUGGACACGCCACGACCGAGCCGGAGGUCGAAACGCCGGCACCAGAGUCGCCAGCUGAGCCUGAGCCUGAGCCGAUCGUCGAGGCCCCUGCACCUCCCGCGCGCCCUGCGCCUGCUGCUGAGAAGCCGACAGAGGGUCAGGCGGCCGUGCCUGUCGAGAUGGCGCCUAAACCGAAACCUGCGCCUCCUGCCCCAGCUUCUGCGGCUGCAGAGGCGGAAAAGAAAAGGAAGAUCGGGAGCAUCGUCACCAGGACUGUCUGGACAUUCAUCAUGAUCGGCGGCUUCAUCGGAUGUCUCCUUAUGGGCCACGCAUACAUGAUCAUUCUGGUCAUGCUUUGCCAGACGCUCGUGUACCGUGAAGUUACGAGGCUGUUCAUGCUGACCGACAUCCAAGCAAAGGCGACGGAUGAGACAAGGGAACGCGAUGUAUGGAGCAAGACACUUUCGUGGUACUUCUUCGCGGUCGCGAACUACUUCCUUUACGGCGAGAGCAUCAUCUACUACUUCAAGCACGUCGUAUUCGCGGAUGCGAACCUCCUGCCGUUCGCGACAAAUCAUCGCAUCGUCAGCUUUUCGCUAUACACGAUCGGCUUCAUGGGCUUCGUCAUGUCCCUCCAAAAGGGCUACCUCCAACAACAAUUCGGCCUGUUCUGCUGGGUGCACAUGUCGCUUCUCCUGGUCGUCGUGUCCUCGCACUUCAUCAUGAACAACAUCCUCGAAGGCCUUAUUUGGUUCUGGGUCCCGGCCUCACUCGUCAUCUGCAACGACAUCUUCGCCUACAUCUGGGGUAUGAGCAUCGGGCGCACACCACUCAUCAGUCUCAGCCCGAAGAAGACUGUCGAGGGCUUCGUUGGUGCUUUCAUCAGCACUGUGCUGUUCUCCAUCGGCUGGGGGAUGUACUUCGCACGGUUCGACUAUAUGAUCUGCCCUGUGCACGAUCUCGGCGUUAACGCCUGGUCCGGCAUGACCUGCGAACCCAAUCCCGCCUUCGUGUGGCGCGAGCAGGCUAUCAUCCCACCGGUCGCCGCGUUCUUGAAUACCUUACUGCCUGGCACUUGGAAUACGAUCGCGUACACGCCCUUCCAGAUCCACCUUGUCGUCUUUGCUUGCUUCGCCUCGCUCGUAGCUCCCUUCGGCGGCUUCUUCGCAUCGGGCUUCAAACGCGCAUUCAACAUCAAAGACUUCGGGCACUCGAUCCCGGGACAUGGUGGUAUGACCGACCGCAUGGAUUGCCAGUUCUUGAUGGGCGUGUUCACCUACGUGUACUACACGUCGCUGAUCCGCACACAUCACGUCUCUGUCGGCUCCGUCCUGCAGACGAUUGUGUCGGGGCUUACGUUCGACGAGCAGCUCGAGCUCAUGCGCGAUCUCAAGCAUUAUCUCGAGCAGCAGGGCGUCCGCGUCAAGUUGUAG